UCACAAUGAAGGCCCUCAUCUUUCUGGCUUUGCUUGGCGCAGCCUUUGCUGCGGAGGAUGAUAAGAUCGUUGGAGGAUAUGAAUGUCCCAAAAACUCAGUUCCCUACCAGGUGUCUUUGAACGCGGGAUACCACUUCUGCGGAGGGUCUCUGAUCUCCAGCCAGUGGGUUGUGUCUGCUGCUCACUGUUACAAGUCUCGCAUCAGUGUCCGUCUCGGUGAGCACAACAUUGCUGUGAACGAGGGCACAGAACAGUGGAUCGACUCGGCCAGAAUCAUCAAGCACCCUCAGUACAACAGCUACAACCUGGACAAUGACAUCAUGCUGAUCAAACUGAGUCGCCCAGCAACCCUAAACAGCUAUGUCCAGACUGUGGCACUGCCCACCAGGUGUCCCAUGGCCGACGAGAACUGCCUGGUGUCCGGAUGGGGCAACAUGUCUGCUAAUGGAAGUAUGAUGCCUGACAGACUGCAGUGCUUGAGACAGCCCAUCAUCGAUGACAGGAUCUGUAAAAACGCCUACCCCCACCUCAUGACCCCCAACAUGCUUUGCUCCGGGUUCAUGUCCGGAGGAGCCAGCAGCUGCCAGGGAGACUCUGGUGGUCCUUUGGUGUGCUCAGGUAUGCUUCAGGGGGUCGUGUCCUGGGGAUACGACUGCGCUAUGAGGGAUCACCCCAGCGUCUACGCCCGAGUCUGCCGCUUCACCAGCUGGAUCCAGUCCACCAUGUCCAACAACUAACCUCAACCUCAUGUAACUCCACACAGACUCACAGUA